CAUCCAUUUUCCAGUUUCAGUGAAUCGCGAGACAUCAGCCGAAUAGUAGCUCAAUCUUAACAACACUAGAAUACGCUUCGUUCACUUCGCAAAGGACUUCGAUUUGUGCCCAUUAAUAGAAGAGAUAAUGUUAGUGAAUCAGGAUGCUGAAUACUUUGUUUUAACCCUGGAUGAAAUUCGCCUCGAUUACAAGUAAAUAGUUUGAUGUGAAUAAUUCAUUGUUGUGCUUACUCUACUAUGUGUUAAUUCAAAUGUAUUAUUAGUGCGGGAAACCCGUGCCAACUUCUUCAAAAAAUCUAUCCGGGAGAAUCGUUAAAAAUCUAAAACAACCAAAAUCGCAACAGUGCAGGGAGUUCGUAACAUGUGCCAGAUCAUAGCAAAAAGGAAGAGUGAAAACCUCUGACAGGAUUAUUUGUCAUCCACAACAUAACAGACGCACAUAAAAUCGAUGGGCUGAUGGUGAUUCUCAGUGCAAGAGAAUCCAAUAAUAUAUGCAUGAUAAUUUUGCAUGGAUUAGAUGUGAUCCUGACCGCUAUUGAUGUGAUGCGUUGCAACGCGGUGGUGAAUCACAACAGUGUGUGCUAGGCAUUCGUCAGUGAGCCGUAAUGUGAUUGAUUAUAGAUUGCAGUGGUGCGAGCAAGGAAUAAAUUAUUCAUUAUCGCAAGACCGAACGGCGACGGUUACAUUGAAAGUGGGCGGCAGUUGGGUUAGAUAAGUGAUCAUAUGUAUACCACCCGUUGAUGUUGAGUCCAAAAUCGUUACCAGCUGGAUACUGUUUGAUGGAAGAGUAGAGUUCAACUCAAUGUGGGCACACGCGGAUAAUAAUCAUUACAGUUUUCCAAUAAAUACAGUUCACUAAUUUCCAUCAACAGCAGACAUCUACCGGAUCCAUCUCGGGAGCGAGAAUCGUUUCCUGCCACGUUGGAACCAUACGCGAAGGCCUAAACUAUACGGCUAUGUCUCUCAGAAGGAGCUGUAACGCUUUGUGGCAAUAUUAAUUCGUAGCGUCAAGGAUUACGUCAAUUGAAAACCGGAACAACGAUAAAGGAGUAAGCUUCCGGAACUGUUUCCGAAGGUUUAACUUUGUCCACUUUACAACGGCUGCUUGGAUGAUCGAACAUGAAUAUUCAAAACAGAUUUACAGUCAACCAGUGAAUAGCAAGGAUAUACCUUAUCAGCCAGCAGAAUCAAAUUUAAAUUAAUCACUACUUCACGUCAACCGAGGCGUUCCUCAACAGGGAAUCGUUCUAACCAUGAAGUAUUCCAAAAUGCAACGGUACCAUCAGCCUCAUCACCCUCAGCACUAUCUUCAACAGCUAACACGCCAGCAAACGAGAGGUUGUGAAUAUAAAAUAGUAUGUGGAAAUUGAGUUAUGCAACUGAUUCAAUCAAAUUAGACAUGUUGCUUUGAUAAUAUAUCCUCCACAACCUCUAUAUCUACUUUCCCCCGAAUCGUGACGAUAACCGAGUCACGAAGGUGGGACAGUGAAGAGAAAGAACACACGUGAAUUCUGGAAUCAAGCAGUGAAAAAAAACUACUCAAACACAACACAGAUAAAUAUGAACACAAAGCCACCUCUCCAAGUUCCUAAUUUCAUCGGUAGUAGCCCCUCAUCUAGACCACAAAGUCCAUCGCUGUGCUUUUCCACCUCCUCGUCAAAAGCAGAAAAAAAUGAACCGGUGACACUUUGUGGCUGUCGCCGAGCACCGAAGUCACAAUGCUGCUCUGCUAUAGGUGUCCUGAUACUGGUCCUCGCGUACACCGCAUUAGGCUCCGUGCUGUUUGUGACGCUGGAAGGAGACGCAGACGAAAGCGAUAUGAUUGAGAGCUCGGUUGCAGCCUCCAAGCCAUAUCCUAGACAUGAUGUAGUUAGCUCAGAAAUAAGACUAAAAACUGUAGAUCGACUAUGGUCUAUUACGGAAGACCUAAAUAUAUUAUACAAAGAAAAUUGGACUCGCCUAGCGGCCCAGGAAGUGCAACAUUUCCAGGAUACUAUCUUGAGAGCGGUACGGGCAUCCAGAUCGCAGCAAGUGGCUAAUACUCAAAACAACACAAAACCCUACAAGUGGACGUAUGCUUCGGCAUUUUUGUACUCUUUAACGCUGAUCACAACUAUUGGUUAUGGUGGUAUUUCUCCGCGUACUCAAUGGGGAAGAAUUGCGUCGCUAGCUUAUGCUCUGUUUGGCAUACCGAUAAUACUGUUGUAUCUAUCAGCAAUGGGUGAAGGACUAUCUGCGGUCAUGCGUUGCUUGUUCCGUCGCAUACGACCAUCGUCGCACACAGCAUCGAACAGUGCCAGCACAAGUUCCAGCUUGAGCGGCAAUUCGGCAAUAAAUAGUAAAUCUUCCAGUUCUGAAUUACAGAAACGGUCCCAGCAGAGCACAAACUAUCACCAGACAUGGACUGGGAUACACGAUCCACACGGCUACGGAGGUGUCAGUGGACUCGAUGGCAACGGUUUAGAUGGCGGAAGCAAUGGAAGAGUACCUUCAGGAAUCAAUGGCAGCAAACAUAAUCAAUCAGUCGUACCAAUAUCAAUCUGCAUCAUGAUACUAAUUUGCUACGUAACGUUGGGAGCCGUUCUGUUUCAUAAAAUUCAGCCUUGGGGUGUGUUGGAGAGUUUGUACUUUUGCUUUACUUCGCUCGGCACAAUCGGCUUUGGUGAUUUGGUACCAACAGGAAACAUUCCACAGUAUGCAGCCUCCGCUUAUAUUGUCGUUGGUAUGGCCGUUGUAGCGAUGUGCUUCAGUCUGAUACAGACAGAGCUGAUAGUAUGGUUGAAGAAAUUUGCUACUUCAGAAUCCCUUCCCUCAUCGACAGAGGACGUUGCUCUGGUAUCCGUUGCAAUGACUCCGAUAAAAUCCUGACAAAGGCCAACCGACAUUAUGCCUAAUGAGUACAACUCAUUGCCACGUCGGUCCAGCGCAUUCCAGCGAAAUACACCGGCUCGUCGUUCAGCUGGAAUUAUGGAGAAUCACGUAGAAUAUUUCGUACCGAGAAGUGUAAGUGAAUUCAACCUCUCUGGAGUGGGGGAUCUGGCGCUUCCACCAACGAAACGCAGCAUGGUAACACACGCUGGCAGCUCAACAAUGAUCUCGAUAACCAAACCAAGAGAAAAAAUGGUAACAUUUGAAGAUGAAUCAAAAUGCCCCCAUGGAUUACUUACAACGCCACGAAAAACUACUCUUGCCAACGACGUGUUUAUGUGACGAGAGGGAUCAUGAGAUGAAUCUAUUCAACGUCCUGAAGACAUUAUCAAAGUCUGAUAAUCACUCACCCAAAUACUUCAAAACCUAUGCUCAUUUUACAACUCACGGUUGGCAUAAAUGCGUCCCUUUCCGUCAUGAAUUUAAUGGAAAACGAAAAAUAAACUAGAAAUCGCUACACGAGGUAACACUAGAGAAAACAACUUUUUUGAGUAACCAAUUUUAUUUCACGUAAGGCCAAAAACCCAACCGCUCAUAUGAUAACAAAUAAGAAACCAUUUUACUUCCUUCGUGGUUUUAUGAUCGAAUCAUAAUCAUUUUUAUGACAGUAUAAAAUAAUGGAAGGGACGAACAAUAUUGAAAUGUAAGGGCGAAAUAUAAUGAAGAUUAAAAAUGUAACAUUGUUCAUGAUAAUCUUCUAACGCAUGAAUAAAAAAUUCACGAUUUUGUUCUUGAAAUUCACCUGUUUUAUUUGAAAUAAGCAUGCAGAUUAAUAUAAAACGUUUAACACACUAAAAUGGUAUAAAUUAAAAGUAAACAUAAAAAUGGCCAUAUUAUGAGCGUCCUGCACUAUAAAUUCAAUAUAAGAAAAGUCAGGAAAACAAUAAAAUGAAUAAAAUUCGAACUAAAAAUUCAGGACGUUGUCGACUGUAA